CAAAUUGUUGUUGACUUUUGUUUAUCUUCAAUAAAAUUAUACACUCACAAGUAGAUGUUCAAGAUUGUUAUUACUGCGGAAAGCUUAUUAACCAGAAAAACGAAUCAUUUAUAUGCAGCUUAUAAAGUAAUAUCUGAUCAGCAGUUAAUAAAACGCUUUCUUAGUAACGUCAGCAGUAUGGAAAAAUUUGAUUUACCUAAGCGUUUGCAAGGCAGUGCACCAAGCGUUUGGAAUGAAUACAUUGCUUUAGCUAUGCAAUAUAAACCUUUGAAUUUAGGACAAGGUUUUCCGGAUGAUGCUGCCCCUGAAUAUGUCACCAAUGCCUUAGCAGAUAUGGCCAAAGAUGAAAAUCCCUUAUUACAUCAAUAUACCAGAGGUUUUGGUCACUUGCGGUUAGUUCAAUCGAUUAGCAAAUUAUACAGCAAUUUAUUGCAUCGAGAACUGAAUCCUUUGACAGACAUCUUGAUUACAUCCGGCGCUUAUGAGGCUUUGUACUCUUCGAUAAUGGGCCAUGUCGAUGUAGACGAUGAAGUUAUUAUUAUAGAACCAUUCUUUGAUUGCUAUGAACCAAUGGUUAAAAUGGCAGGCGGCAGACCCCGUUUUAUACCUUUAAAACCGACAAAAACUGAUGGCAUUAUUAGCUCUGCUGAUUGGGUUUUAGAUGAGGAAGAAUUGAGAAAAUUGUUUAAUAAAAAAACUAAAAUGAUUAUUUUGAAUACUCCUCAUAAUCCCAUUGGAAAAGUAUUUAAACGCAAUGAAUUGGAAAUUCUGGCAAAUUUAUGCAAACAAUGGAACGUGUUGUGCUUAUCAGAUGAAGUAUAUGAGUGGAUGGUUUACGACGGUAAUGAACAUAUACGCAUAUGUACGUUGCCAGGAAUGUGGGAACGUACAAUAACCAUAGGUUCGGCGGGUAAAACAUUUUCAGUGACCGGUUGGAAAAUUGGUUGGGCCUACGGCCCCUCUAAUUUAAUAAGAAAUCUUCAAAUGAUUCAUCAGAAUUCCGUCUAUACAUGUCCUACACCUUUGCAAGAAGCUGUGGCUCGAAGUUUUGAAUUGGAAUUGAAUCGACUCAACAGUCCCGAAUGCUAUUUUCACAGUUUACCUGUUGAACUGCGGGAAAAACGCGAUUUUAUGGCCAGAUUUUUAAAAGAAUCCGGAAUGAAACCUACAAUUCCCGAGGGCGGUUACUUUAUGUUAGCUGAUUGGACGAAUUUAGAAAAAAAAAUUGAUAUGAACAGCGAGUCAGACAAAUAUCGUGAUUACAGAUUUACUAAGUGGAUGACAAAGAAUAUGGGAUUACAAGGCAUACCACCGAGCGCAUUUUAUAGUGAAUCUCAUAAAAAAUUGGGGGAAGAUUUUGUUCGCUAUUGUUUCAUAAAAAAACAAGAAAAUUUGGAAAAAGCCGCGCAACUGCUAAAGAAAUGGAAAAAUUAA